GCGGUAGGCGGAAGAUGGCCGAGUCGCCGGAGGAGGUGGCGGUGCUGGUGCAGAGGGUGGUGAAGGACAUCCGCAACGCCUUCCAGCGCAACCCGCACAUAGAUGAAAUUGGAUUAAUACCCUGCCCUGAAGCCAGGUAUAACCGAAGCCCUAUCGUCCUGGUAGAAAACAAGCUUGGUGUGGAGAGCUGGUGUGUCAAGUUUCUUUUGCCAUAUGUCCACAAUAAACUUCUCCUCUACAGACAAAGAAAACAGUGGCUGAACAAAGAUGAGCUGAUAGAUAUCACGUGUACCCUGCUGCUGCUGAACCCCGACUUCACCACUGCUUGGAAUGUGAGGAAAGAACUAAUACUGUCUGGCACUUUAAAUCCACUUAAAGAUUUGCAUCUUGGAAAACUGGCGUUAACCAAGUUUCCAAAGAGUCCAGAAACAUGGAUUCAUAGACGAUGGGUGCUGCAACAACUAAUUCAGGAAAACUCCUUGCCCAGUCAUGCAACUAAAGGAAACUUGGGAGCAGCACCUGUGGAGAGAAUUCACCGGCUGGUGCAGGAGGAAAUGAAUGUCUGCUCUGAAGCUGCUGGGAGAUACCCAAGCAACUACAAUGCCUGGUCCCACCGCAUCUGGGUUUUACAGCAUUUGGGAAAGCUGACUGUCAAGGUUCUCCUCGAUGAACUUUCAUCCACUAAAUAUUGGGUGUCCGUGCAUGUCUCAGACCAUAGUGGAUUUCAUUACCGCCAAUUCUUACUCAAGUCCUUGAUAGGCAGAACUGUGACUGACAACAAAGUACUGGUACAAAAUCAAGUGGUGAAUGAGCAAAACCCUAGCCUUCAUAAGGAGGAGGAGAGUGCAGGGGCAGAAGCUGCCUGUGCAGAGGAGCAGAGUGUGGAUCUCCCCCGCCACGUAGAGGAAGAGUUGGAGCUCUGCGCUGAACUCAUUGAUACUUACCCAGGGCAUGAAACCUUGUGGUGUCAUAGAAGGCGUGUGUUCUACCUUCAGCACCAGCUGAGCAACAAAAUUCCUCUUCUGAAUGCGGUGGUGUCAUCUGUGGACAGCAGUGAUGAAACUCUGAAUAAUUCCCACCACAGUCCUGCGACCGGUCAUAUGGCACAAGCUAUGGAUGUUGAUGGUUUAAAUGAGUCCAGCAGCAAACAAGGUUAUACUCAAGAAACAAAACGCCUGAAGCGGGCUCCUAUGCAGGACUCUCUUGGUCCAGAAAUGGAAUACCGGUUCAUCGAUAAAGUAUUAUCAACUUGUAGGGAUGCGGACCAAGCCAGGUUUGCUACUGCUUAUAGAAAAUGGUUAGUUACUUUUUUAGGUCAGUGAUGGAAGAGUUUAAAGCCUUCAGGGUUCUUCUUUUAGUGCAAUAUUCUCUUUUCAGACACAAAUGCAUGUCUUGGUUGCAAGUGUUAUCUAACCAUGUCUUUCUCACUCUUUUAAUGGUCAGUCCUAAAGUUCACAUUCAGAGUAGAAGUCUGUCACUUUAUUUAUUCAAGAACUGGCAUACCUUUUUAUUAAGCAAAUGCAGUUUGUUCUUUAAUCUUUUUAAAAAAUCACCCUGUGUCAGCUUCCUACCGUGCCACUUUCUUACUUUUUAACUUCUGCAUUAAGUUGGACUCUGAAUCAUUUGGCUUUAAAAAAAAAAAAAAAAAAAAAGGGAAAAAGUCUGAAAAGCUUUUGAAA